UGCCUGCGGAGUUAUUGCCAUUUGCCGCACGCGUUCUUAAACUUGCCAAAUAAGCCGCACAGGCUUCAACGUUCCUUCCCAAAACUCCAUCCACGAAUGGGCAGCGAAAGGGAACUUCGCGAUGUGGAAGAUGCCUCUCCGUACCGCACUUCUUCUAUCGAGGAGGAGCUCGUGGUGAAAUUGGAACGUACAGAGGUGAAGAGGAGUGGAUUCGGAUUGGCUUUGCUCACUUUGCAGACUCUUGGCAUCGUCUAUUCUGAGCUAGGAAUUUCACCGCUGUUUGUGUUGAAUGGAAUAUGGGAUACUAAAGACGCUAUACCAUCGGACGAGGACAUCAUUGGAGGAGUGAGCGCAGUGGUAUGGGCUGUUACCCUGUUGCCGUUGAUAAAAUACGCGUUUAUUGCACUUAGAUUCGCUACUCGAGAAGGGGAAGGAGGGACAUUUGCCCUAUAUCAAGCGAUGUAUCCAGCGACGUCGUCGAAAACCGAAUAUCGGGAUGAUGAGAAGAAGCCUUGGAAAGAAAGACUGCGGUGGCCGCUGCUAUUAUGGGCCAUAUUCGGUACCUCGCUCACGAUCGCUGAUGGAAUCUUUACACCUGCCGUUUCGGUAAACGCUGCAGUUAGCGGUAUAGGUACUGCCAAUCCGGAGAUCUUGAAUAGGCAGAAACCAAUCGCGAUCAGCAUCAUCGUCGUUUUCUUUCUCUGGCAAAGAUUUGGGACAUCCAAGCUAUCACUGACAUAUGGGCCUAUUGCGCUGCUAUGGUUUCUUUUGCUUUGUAUAACAGGAAUAUGGAAUAUCGUCCAAUAUCCUGGGAUCUUCCGCGCUCUUGAUCCUUCUCGAGCCAUCCUUUGGUUCAUUCGAACGGGGGAAUAUGACAGCUUAACUGGAGUUCUGUUAGCUGUUACGGGUUGUGAAGCAAUGUUUGCAUGUGUCGGCCAUUUCAACGUUCGCUCUGUUCAGCUCUCCUUUAUACUGUUCGUGUAUCCAUCUCUUGUCCUUUCAUAUCUCGGGCAAGGAGCUGCUAUCAUCGUCUCGGAGGACCAGGUUUUGGGAAAUACAUUCUAUCAGACGAUUCCAGGACCAGUCGAUACUCCGUUCUACUGGGUCAUGUUCACUGUAGCUAUCCUCGCGGCCAUCAUCGCAUCUCAAUGCAUAGUCUCCGCAACCUUUAGCGUCAUCCAACAACUCGUUAGCCGAAACUGUUUCCUUCCCCUUCGAGUUUACCACACCUCUAGUACAUUCCAAGGCCAGAUCUACGUCCCCGCUGCGAAUUGGUGCCUCAUGAUCGCUACCAUCAUCGUCCUCGAAGCUUUUCCGGAUGCCGAUUCGUUACUAUUUGCCUAUGGAUUUGCAGCUGCUACUGUCAUGUUUUCAACGAGCGUCAUGCUGGCUCUCCAGAUGCAUGUCGUUAAAAGGUGGCCGGUUGUCGUUGGGAUUGCUUAUUUCCUCACGUUUGGAGUGCUAGAUGCGUUGUUUUGGGGUGCGUCGUUCAAGAAGGUUCCGUUUGGUGCUUGGGUUUCGCUUCUGAUUGGCGUCGUUUUGACGUUCGGGAUGUGGUUGUGGAGCUGGGGAAAGAGCCUUGAAGAUCGGUUUGACGGCAAAAACGUCCUCGAAUUACCCGGAUUCGCUGUUGAGGACGAUCGUGCGCUCGCGCGGUUGGCAGAAGAAUUGACGCUCGUGGAUAACGUGGUUGGGGAGCACUACGACUUCUUUGUCCCGCAAGCUUCCAACACUGCUGCGGUUGAGAAUGUGAUUAGUUUAGCUCGUGUGAGGGCUCGAGGUGAUAGGGAUUUGAGUUUUGAUACUAGGGAGUUGAUGCGGAUACCAACGUGUGCUGUUUUUCAUCGAUAUGUUGCUGGGAAGGGGUUUCCGCAUGCGUUUACGGGUUUCGUACGUCAGUGGCCGGGGUUGCCUCAAGUGUUGAUUUUCUUGUCGGUGGUUGUGUUGCCGUCCCCUAUCGUGCCCGCGCAUAAGCGAUACGUGAUAUCGAAAUUGGGGUCCAUGGAAGGUUUCUAUUCGGUCAGAUAUCAGAUCGGAUUUCGUGAACCUUUUGAUCUCGAGGUGGACACAUUGUUACCGUCGAUAUAUGCAUUCGAGAGGCAACAUGACCCUCAACAGGGUGAGGCCGCAGUUGAAAGGAUCAAAGCGGUUUCGGCGUCUUUCACACAUAUCGUUCCACAAUAUAAUCUGAGAAGCAAGGAGAUAUUUGCGCCGUCGAGAGGGGGUUUUGUAUUAAAUUGGACUCGAAAGUUUUUAAUAGAGGAUCUGUAUCAACGUUUGGCUAUCAUGUUUCCGGAAACUAUUAAUUGGCGGACGACACCAGAUCAGUUGGUCCGUGUAGGUAUAACUGCAGUAAUUUAGUAUGUAAAAUCAAGUUGAUAGUGAGCCUCAUCAGCGGAAGGGUGUGUGGGCGGUGGUAAGGUAUUAGCUGAAGGGCAUGUAUAUUUGUUAUGAAUUAGGGAAAUGGAUAGGGUGCAUUGCAUCUCAUCGAGAAUGCAUCGAUUUGCCGAAUGGUGACAAUAACCACCAUGUCUGAUGAGCCAAGGUCUACUUAUUCAAUCUCUGCUUUCUCCGGUCAUGCAGGAUCGCCUGUGGCUAUGUGCUCGACAGCUCCGCUGCU